ACUGUCUUGGCGGCUGCAGUGGUAGCCUGGCUUUUUUUCUGACGACGACCUCGCGGCGCGAGAGCCUGUUGUAGGAUGCUCAGUCAGGGGCUGUGAAGGAUACAGAAAUGACUGUGAAUCAACCCAUGUCAUCAAGGAGCUAGUGGAGGAGUUAGACGUGUGCACACAUGACUAUAACAUGAGGCAGUCUCCGAGCUUAUAUUCUCUGUGGAAGAUGUGACAUAUCCAGACAGUACAUCAUGAUGCAAGGCAAUACAUGUCAUAGAAUGUCCUUCCACCCAGGACGAGGAUGUCCCCGAGGACGAGGAGGACAUGGAGCCAGACCCUCAGCACCAGCCUUCAGGCCCCAAAAUCUGAGACUGCUUCACCCUCAGCAGCCUCCUGUGCAAUAUCAAUAUGAACCUCCAAGUGCCCCUUCCACUACUUUCUCGAACUCUCCAGCCCCCAAUUUCCUGCCUCCACGACCAGACUUCGUACCUUUCCCUCCGCCCAUGCCUCCGUCAGCACAAGGCCCUCCCCCGUGCCCAAUCCGGCCCCCUUUCCCCAACCACCAGAUGAGGCACCCCUUCCCAGUUCCUCCCUGUUUUCCUCCCAUGCCUCCUCCGAUGCCCUGUCCCAAUAACCCCCCGGUCCCUGGAGCACCUCCUGGGCAAGGCACUUUCCCCUUCAUGAUGCCUCCACCCUCCAUGCCUCACCCCCCGCCCCCGCCAGUCAUGCCACAGCAGGUUAAUUAUCAGUAUCCUCCGGGAUACUCACACCACAACUUCCCGCCUCCCAGUUUUAAUAGUUUCCAGAACAACCCCAGUUCUUUCCUGCCCAGUGCUAAUAACAGCAGUAGUCCUCAUUUUAGGCAUCUCCCUCCAUACCCACUCCCAAAAGCUUCCAGUGAAAGAAGGUCCCCAGAAAGGCUCAAACACUAUGAUGAUCACCGGCACCGAGAUCACAGUCACGGGCGAGGCGAGAGGCAUCGGUCCCUGGAUCGGCGGGAGCGAGGCCGCAGUCCUGACAGGAGAAGACAAGACAGCCGCUACCGAUCAGAUUAUGAACGAGGGAGAACGCCGGGCCGCCACCGCAGCUACGAGCGGAGCAGAGAGCGAGAACGGGAGAGACACAGGCAUCGGGACAACCGAAGAUCACCAUCUCUGGAAAGGUCCUACAAAAAAGAGUAUAAGAGAUCUGGAAGGAGUUACAGUUUAUCGAUUGUUCCUGAACCUGCUGGAUGUACACCAGAAUCACCUGGGGAGAGUAUUAAAAAUACAGAUUCUUGGGCCCCACCCCUGGAGAUUGUGAAUCAUCGCUCCCCAAGUAGGGAGAAGAAGAGAGCUCGUUGGGAGGAAGAAAAAGACAGAUGGAGUGAUAACCAGAGCUCUGGCAAAGAUAAGAACUAUACCUCAAUCAAGGAAAAAGAGCCCGAGGAGAUGCUGCCUGACAAAAAUGAGGAGGAGGAAGAAGAACUUCUUAAGCCUGUGUGGAUUCGAUGUACCCAUUCAGAAAACUACUACUCCAGCGACCCCAUGGAUCAGGUGGGAGACUCUACUGUGGUUGGAACAAGUAGGCUCCGUGACUUAUAUGACAAAUUCGAGGAAGAGCUGGGGAGCAGGCAAGAGAAGGCCAAAGCCGCCAGGCCUCCGUGGGAACCACCGAAGACGAAGCUCGAUGAAGAUUUAGAGAGUUCCAGUGAAUCUGAGUGUGAGUCUGAUGAGGACAGCACCUGUUCAAGCAGCUCGGACUCUGAAGUUUUUGACGUCAUUGCAGAAAUCAAACGCAAAAAGGCCCACCCUGACCGACUUCAUGAUGAACUUUGGUACAAUGACCCAGGCCAGAUGAAUGAUGGACCACUCUGCAAAUGCAGCGCAAAAGCGAGACGCACAGGAAUUAGGCACAGCAUUUACCCUGGAGAAGAGGCCAUCAAGCCAUGUCGUCCUAUGACCAACAAUGCUGGCAGACUCUUCCACUAUCGGAUUACAGUCUCCCCUCCUACAAACUUUUUAACUGACAGGCCAACUGUGAUAGAAUACGAUGAUCAUGAGUAUAUCUUUGAAGGAUUUUCUAUGUUCGCACAUGCUCCCCUGACCAAUAUUCCACUGUGUAAAGUAAUUAGAUUCAACAUAGACUACACGAUCCAUUUCAUUGAAGAGAUGAUGCCUGAGAAUUUUUGUGUGAAAGGCCUUGAACUCUUUUCACUGUUCCUAUUCAGAGAUAUUUUGGAAUUAUAUGAUUGGAAUCUUAAAGGUCCUUUGUUUGAAGACAGUCCUCCCUGCUGCCCAAGAUUUCAUUUCAUGCCACGUUUUGUAAGAUUUCUUCCAGAUGGAGGAAAGGAAGUGCUGUCCAUGCACCAGAUCCUCCUCUACCUGCUUCGGUGCAGCAAGGCCCUGGUGCCCGAGGAGGAGAUUGCCAACAUGCUUCAGUGGGAGGAGCUUGAGUGGCAGAAAUAUGCAGAAGAAUGCAAAGGCAUGAUUGUCACCAACCCUGGGACGAAACCAAGUUCUGUCCGUAUCGAUCAACUGGAUCGUGAACAGUUCAACCCCGAUGUGAUUACUUUUCCGAUUAUCGUCCACUUUGGGAUACGCCCUGCACAGUUGAGUUAUGCAGGAGACCCACAGUAUCAGAAACUGUGGAAGAGUUAUGUGAAACUUCGCCACCUCCUAGCAAAUAGUCCCAAAGUCAAACAAACUGACAAACAGAAGCUGGCACAGAGAGAGGAAGCACUCCAAAAAAUACGACAGAAGAAUACAAUGAGGCGAGAAGUAACAGUGGAGCUAAGUAGCCAAGGAUUCUGGAAAACUGGCAUCCGUUCUGACGUCUGUCAGCAUGCCAUGAUGCUGCCUGUUUUGACCCAUCAUAUCCGCUACCACCAAUGCCUGAUGCAUCUGGACAAGUUGAUAGGAUAUACUUUCCAAGACCGUUGUCUGUUACAGCUAGCCAUGACUCAUCCGAGUCAUCAUUUAAAUUUUGGAAUGAAUCCUGAUCAUGCCAGGAAUUCUUUGUCUAACUGUGGAAUUCGGCAGCCGAAAUAUGGAGACAGAAAAGUUCAUCACAUGCACAUGCGGAAAAAAGGUACGGGGUGUAAAUAUGCUAUUUUAAGUAAUCUUUUUAAUUCUCACUGUAGGAUUAACCACAACGAACGGCUGGAGUUCCUGGGUGAUGCUGUUGUUGAAUUUCUGACCAGUGUCCAUUUGUACUAUUUGUUUCCGAGUCUGGAAGAAGGAGGAUUAGCGACCUAUCGAACUGCCAUUGUUCAGAAUCAGCACCUUGCCAUGCUAGCAAAGAAACUUGAACUGGAUCGAUUUAUGCUGUAUGCUCACGGGCCUGACCUUUGUAGAGAAUCGGACCUUCGGCAUGCAAUGGCUAAUUGUUUUGAAGCAUUAAUAGGAGCUGUUUACUUGGAGGGAAGUCUGGAGGAAGCCAAACAGUUAUUUGGACGCUUACUCUUUAAUGAUCCGGACCUGCGCGAAGUCUGGCUCAAUUAUCCUCUCCACCCACUCCAACUACAAGAACCAAAUACCGAUCGACAACUUAUUGAAACUUCUCCAGUUCUACAGAAACUUACUGAGUUUGAAGAAGCAAUUGGAGUAAUUUUUACUCAUGUUCGACUUCUAGCAAGGGCAUUCACAUUGAGAACUGUGGGAUUUAACCAUCUGACCCUAGGCCACAAUCAGAGGAUGGAAUUCUUGGGUGACUCCAUAAUGCAACUGGUAGCCACAGAGUACUUAUUCAUUCAUUUCCCAGACCAUCAUGAAGGACACUUAACUCUGUUACGAAGCUCUUUGGUGAAUAACAGGACUCAAGCCAAGGUGGCAGAGGAGCUGGGCAUGCAGGAAUAUGCAAUAACCAACGACAAAACCAAGAGGCCUGUGGCCCUCCGCACCAAGACCUUGGCAGACCUUUUGGAAUCAUUUAUUGCAGCGCUGUACAUUGAUAAGGAUUUGGAAUAUGUUCAUACUUUCAUGAAUGUCUGUUUCUUUCCACGAUUAAAAGAGUUCAUUUUGAAUCAGGACUGGAAUGACCCCAAAUCCCAGCUUCAGCAGUGUUGCUUGACACUUAGGACAGAAGGAAAAGAGCCAGACAUUCCUCUGUACAAGACUCUGCAGACGGUGGGGCCAUCCCAUGCGAGAACCUACACUGUGGCUGUUUAUUUCAAAGGAGAAAGAAUAGGCUGUGGGAAAGGACCAAGUAUUCAGCAAGCAGAAAUGGGAGCGGCAAUGGAUGCACUUGAAAAAUAUAACUUUCCCCAGAUGGCCCAUCAGAAGCGGUUCAUUGAACGGAAGUACAGACAAGAGUUAAAAGAAAUGAGGUGGGAAAGAGAGCAUCAAGAGAGAGAGCCAGAUGAGACUGAAGACAUAAAGAAAUAAAGGAGGGCACGGAAGUGGUGGCGUAUUUACUUUCUCAAUAACUGUGACUGUUACCCAUUGAGACCUAGCCUAGUUUUCCUACAGACCAUGAAUGAAGUGUGCUCAUUGAAAUAAAACACAAAGUCAAAUCGC